GAACGAAAAUAUUCAUAAUGUCACAAUGUUAAUUUCAAAACGAUUAAGCCGUUUCAUGCAUUUAACAACUUGAUGGCGUAGAAUAAAGCAUAGAAAUAUGCUCUGGAUUUGGUGCUUUCGGUUGCUCUAGGAGCCCUGGUCAUGAGGUCAUCAGCAAUCCGAGAUACGUUCGAGCCAUCGACAUUCUGUUCCGUUCAUAAUUCAUAUGAAGGUAUUCAACCCGGGGCUAUACAUGAAGGCCGGUUCUCCUUUCUGACUCUUUCUCCUGAUUGUUCAAUCAAUAUUGUAGUCCCUUCUGGAACCAUUCGCAACUUCGAAAGCCACCCGAGAUGUGAACAUCACCCCUCCAACCCCAGCGACCUCCCGAAACUGAACCGACGAUGUACGGCAGCAUAAAAGCACAGCCGCUGCCCACCACGGUUGCGCAACAUGGCCUCCUCGAGUCAAGAGGCGCCGAAAGUGAUCCCCGCGCAGCUCUCCUUCCUCGCGAUCUACAACCCGUCGCUCGCGAAGUCCGAUGAGACGUUUCGCGACCAGAUCCUCUUCUACUAUUCACGAUCGGCGAAGCUUACGAGGAGGGUGGCUCACGAUGAUACAUCCAAAGACAAGCUACGUGAUGAAGAGAACGAGAAGCUGAGGCAGAUUGGUUUGGCGCAGGGUAUGGUAGCUUUUGCGAGGGGCUUCAGCGGAAAGGACACGGUCGAUAGUAUUGAGACCGAGAAGUCCCGGAUUGUAGUUGAUGAACUAGAGUCGGGAUGGUGGAUUCUUGCUUCCAUCGACUUGACGCGAGUGCCCCAAAACACCCGGUCUCCUGAAAGCAAAGUAGCUGCAGAAGGACGAAAUGCAGCGCCGAUUUACGAAUACUCCUCACGCGAAGUCAGUCCUCCUCUCCUGCUCCUUCAGCAACUCCGUCGAGCGCACCGCCUCUUCCUUCUCCACCACGGCAAUACCCUCGAUGCUUUGCUCCGCCGCCUAUCGCGAACGAAACUCUGCCACUCCUUGGACCGGUUCUGGGCGAAGUUUUGCAGCAACUGGGAUGUCAUGCUACAUGGGAGUCCCGCCGUGGACGUGUUCGAUGGCAUCAAAUUGGCCGCGGGAGGCGAGCUAGGCAUGGGGGUUGGAGAAGAGGAAUGGGGCAGCGGAGAGCGAGAGGUGCUUGAGGACUUUGCCAGCCGAACCGACGGGCUGGUUGAUGUCAUGAUUUCGCGCUUUGGGGAACCAUCGAAGGUGCAGCUUCGCAAAGGACGGAAUGCAGCUAAGAAAACCAACGCGAAAGAUCCCGGUGAACUCGAGCCGUGGAUGGGCACGAAUCGGUAUCCAGGGCCGAAUGACGGAAUCGUAUUCUCAGGAGUGGGAAACCUGACCCGGGGCUCCAUUCGCGACGUCUCGCAUUGGAUGGAAUGGAUAUACUCCUACGGCGAGAGUGCGUAUGGUGCCAAAGAGAGUCAGCGAUCGGACAGACGGCAGGCGAAGAAUUCCCGCAUACCUAGCCGGAGCCCAGAAAGUCAGCGAUCUACCUCGGGAUCAAGCAGACUGGGCGUACCCAAGGCUCAAGGCCAUGCUCCCGGAAUCCCUCGGCCGAUUGUGUCCCCGGUGGAGAGAUCCCUUGACACGGUAUUGAACGAGGCCGAAGGACAAAAGCCAACAGAGCCGCAAUCGACCGGUGCCGGGGGGGCAACCUCGCUUGGCGAUCCGGAUACUUGGGUACGGUACUUGACUUUGGGCUAUAAGUCCGGGUGGGGAAACACGGACAAUACUUCCACGGCAUCACAAGCCGUGUCGACGAAGCCCAAGUCGGUUCGAGACGGACUUGCCGAGGAGAGCACUUCGCCGGAGAUGCGACACCUUGAGCCGCAGCCAGAGGAAGACCCCUACGACAUCGAGACCAGGUUACGAGCCAGAGUGCAGAAAGAGAACCGCGGGCAGUUUAUCAUUGGGCUGCGAGGCAACCUCGAAGAGGACGACGAGGACGCCAACGCGAGUUCGCCGUUCGAGGACAAUGAAGAAUCGGAUUCGAACGACGAGCGGGACAACCGGACGCGAUUGCGGACCUUGCAGGUCGAACUAUCUGGGAAACUGGGGUCAGAGGGAGAGGAAGUUGAACCUGGGGGGGAUGGCGGCGUAGGGACGAGACUACAAGUGCGUGUUGUUGUAUACGUGCACCGGCCGUUCAUCUACGCCUUUCUCUUCGAGCCCUCCACCCCGUCUCUCUCCCUCUCGACCUUCUACCGCCAUCUCCACGCCUUUUUCUCCCCGCUCCAUCAGCCGUUGAGCAAUAGCACCUCUCCCGUUCGAUUGGCCGCACGCAUCGCCAUGGCGCCCCACGCGCAAACGACGAGCACCACGUACGGUCCGUCGCCUGCCACGGCCAAGACAUCGAGGAUGCGGAAUCCACAUCCGAUUUAUCAUAUCGUUCACGACCCGACGACGAUGAGCACGCAUACCAGCAUCCCGAACAUCCCUGAACUCCACCCUCGACACCCGAUGCAUAUCCUGAACGUCCCUCCGCCGGCGACCCAGCCCCCGAAUUGGAGUCGCGUGGAGGCGCUCCACGUCCAUUCGCAGAUCAUCGCCACCAUCGCCGCGACGAGGAAACGGCACCACGACUAUGACCCGGGAGAGCCGAACGAGGAUUGGAGCAUGCGGAGCGAAGGCGAGAAGGAGGUUGAGCGGACCUGUCGCACGUCGAGAGGCUGGUGGGUGGUGUGGAUGAAGAUGCUGACCGCUGCCUCGAAUGAUGAGGUAGACCCAAAGAUUGGGGAAGGGAGCAAGUCAGACCGUUCUUCAACCACUGAGCCUGCCACAAGCGAACCGUCGACAGGGAUGGAAUCCGAAACCGAGCACACAAGCAGCGAAUCCCGUUCGGAAGGAUCAAAACAGCGGCAGCGCCCAUCUCAACUGGUGAAGGAGGCCAUCCUGAUCCGACAGGCUGGGGAUGCCGCCGCGUCGGCCAAAGACACCCGAAGCACGAGCCUGAACAUGGGAAUGGGGUUGUUCAACUUCGGCACUUCGGAGCGGACUCCACACUCGACGGUGCCCGUCCCACCGCAGCGACUGGCCGAAGGGAUCGGUGUGGAUGCGCGGAGCUACAUCGACGGGAUCCUGGGCUUAAGCAUGUAAACCACCGAACACGUGUGUCGAGCGGAUGAUGAUAAUCAAAUAUCAAUUGACUGAGUACGUAGUCGUGUAUGUUUCCGUCCCGCCAUCAUGCAAGCAUUCCGCCCACCGGUCCUCAAAACCAAACCUCUAUAGAAGGGUAUAUAUAAUUCGGUGGGGGUAGGUAACUCGUCCUGUGAUCUAAUCUGAGGGUAUUCCCCUUCCAGAUGUCCGGAUAUCCAUCCCGUCACGGCGCCCCACCCCCCUCCAUCGCCCAGCGACAGAUCCAUCUAUCCUCUCUGCAUCCUAACGCUCCAUUCCGCGAUCCCUCCCCACCAUCUAGGCAAAAAGACUCGCCCCCCCGCUCUCAAUCG